AUGUUUUCUGUAAGGUCUUUUCUGGGUUUUACCACCUGGUUAGCUGGAACGGCAGCGUGGAAUACAGAUGUGCACAACCAGAUUGGCUUCAUGGCCGAGACCUUUUUCGCACCCGAGACAACAUCGGUUCUUGCCGAGAUUCUUGAACCACAAUACAACGGUUCCGUCGGACGAGCAGCAGCUUGGGCAGAUAGCUAUGCGCACACGGCCGAAGGACACUUUUCGUACCAGUGGCACUGGAUAGACACACACGACCAUCCUCCACAGUCUUGCAGUCUCAGCUAUACGAGUGACUGCGCUGAGGGAGGAUGUGUUGUCAGCGCUAUUGCGAAUCAGACCGGAAUCCUAAAGGGUUGCAUUGACGAUGUGAAAAGCGGCGUCCUGAGUGGAGGCAGCAACGUGACAUGCUCGUAUGCACUCAAGUGGGUGGCACAUUUCCUCGGCGAUAUUGCUCAACCGCUGCACGCAUCUGGCCGUGCCGCAGGCGGUAACUUUUACAAAGUCAAGUUUGCUAACGUCUCAACUGAGCUGCACGCGGUCUGGGAUGGUUUCAUCCCGUAUUACGCCGCUAAAGUCGACAGCCCUUUUUCAACCUACUCGAUCGAUCCGUUCUUCAAGGAGCUGGCUUCUAGAAUUCGCAGGGAUGGCUUUUAUGAAGCUCCAUAUAUGUGGGUAGCCUGCAGCAACCCAUCAACACCAGUGAAGUGUGCAGCGACGUGGGCUACAGAGAGCAACAAGUGGACGUGCGACUACGUCUACAAGCGUCUCCGUGGCGACGAGGAUCUUGGAUACAACGGCUACGCAGAUGGUGCUAUCCCGAUCGUCGAGUUGCAAAUAAGUAAGGCUGCGUAUAGGCUCGCCACGUGGCUGAACAACUUGGUUGGAUCUGAGAAGCCAGCCCUUGAGGACCAGGAAGUGUUCGAAUUAUAA